AUGAAUUCCUCCUUCCCUUUCCCAGAGAGCCACCUCCGCCUGCAGGAGCUUUUGAAAGGAGAGAACGUGUCCCUGCCUGGAGUAUGGAAUGGGAGCCAGGAGCUGAACUGGGAGGAGCUGGAAAAGAUGCUCUUCCUGUUUGCAAAGGAGCCUGUCACCAUCAGCCUGACCAUCCUGUACCUGCUCUCUUUUGUGGUGGGAUUUGUUGGGAACAUCAUGUCCAUCAAAGUGCUCACCAGGAAGCGUAGCAGUCGGAUGCCCAGUCUGAGUGCCACCAGGAGCCUCCUUAUCAACCUGGCCAUCUGCGACUUGAUGGUGGUGUGCGUCUGCAUGCCCAUCACGGUGGGGAACUUGAUAUACAAAGCCUGGGUGUACGGGGACUUCCUGUGCAGGGCUGUGCCAUUCAUCCAGGCCGUGUCUGUCUCAGCCAGUGUGCUCAGCCUCACGGUCAUUAGUGUGAACAGGUAUUACAGUGUUCACAACCCUCUGAAUGCCAGGUCCUUCUUCACCCAGAGGAAGAUCCUCAGCGCCAUCCUGGUGGUGUGGGUCCUGUCCUCUGGGAUCUGCAUGCCCCUUAUAUUCAUGAACAAAAGGGAUGAGAUUGGGGCAGUGGAGGGACUGCCAUUGGUGUUCCCAAUCUGCAGGGAAAUAUGGCCUCAAGAGAAGCUCAAGCAAGCCUACAACUUCCUGCUCUUCUGUGCCCUCUACUGCCUGCCCGUGCUAUUCAAUAUGGUCAUCUGCUUCCUGACCGUGCGAAGGCUGUGGAGCUGCACCAGCCAGUUGAAGGAGUGCAACUCACUGAACCGAUCCCUGCCAGCCUCCAGGCUGAAGAUCCGCAAGAAGGUGGCCCAGAUGGUGGUGGCCCUGGUCCUGCUGUUUGCCAUCUCCUGGCUGCCCUUCUACAUGAUGGACAUCUGGAUUGACUUCAACAUCCCCAACUCUUUGCAGGAUGUGACUCCAUCUCCCUGGGUCCUGCAGCUCAGACCUUUUGCUCAGUGGCUAGGCCUCACCAACUCCAGCCUCAACCCCAUAUGCUAUUGCUUUGUUGGGAACCUCUACAGGUCAGCCAAAGAAAUGAAGAGCAAAUACCACCAGAGGAUGGUUUCCCUUUUUAACUUCUCUCUGUCUGAAGGGACUGCACUUUCUUCUGUGCCUGAGUUGCUCUCUUACAGGAACUCCAUGGACUCUGCAAGGAAAGAGUCCAGCUGCACCCUAGCAAUGGGCAAGAGGUGUCAGGGGGACUCUGACCCUAAGAACAACUGUGAAACUUCACUAAUGUCCUGCCAGCCUCUGUCUCUAAACACCAGGUCUAGUGAAAAGACUUCUCUCUAA